AUGAGCAGACACCAAAAUGGGGAGGAGGAGUACAGGAACCCAACAGAGGUGAAGAAGUGCCAGAUAGUGAUGCCCUGCCAUGCCAACCACCGCCAGGAGCUCAGCGUGGGCGAGCUGCUCAAAUGGAUGGACUCUACAGCCUGUCUGUCAGGUGUGUGUGUGUGUAUGUGUGUUCUUACUCACAAUGGGCUUGUGGGAAUAGGCCUAUCUGUCCAGUUUUGGAUUAUAGAUGGGAUGAUAAUUUUAAUGAUUUUUAUUCAGAUCCCCAUUAGUUGUUGAAGAAACAGCAGCUAUUCUUCCUGGGGUCCACACAAAACAUAGAACAUGACAAAAUACAGAACACUAAUGGACAAGAACAGCAACACAAGUUUAAACCAAGAACACCAGACUAAAUGACAAUAGGACUAAAGUUUCUUAGUAAGACAUGAUUAGGUUUCAUAGUAAAGUUUAUCUUAGGUUUUAUAGCUAGUAAGACAUGAUUGAAUGAUAAUAUCUCAUACAAGCCCACAUCCUCCUCAGUAAGGCCGUUGCAUAUAUAAUGUUGGCAUAGUUUCUCACUGGCAUAACAAUUGUAACUUUUGUUACUUAGUUUAGGGGGAGAAAACAUCCAGUCAGGUUAGGCUAAAUAUGGACAAUAUCCAGGGACUGAAAGGUCACACUGUUCCUACUGAUGUGCUGCUGUGACAUACAGUGAGGGAAAAAAGUAUUUGAUCCCCUGCUGAUUUUGUAUGUUUGCCCACUGACAAAGACAUGAUCAGUCUAUAAUUUUAAUGGUAGGUUUAUUUGAACAGUGAGAGACAGAAUAACAACAACAAAAUCCAGAAAAACGCAUGUCAAAAAUGUUAUGAAUUGAUUUUCAUUUUAACGAGGGAAAUAAGUAUUUGACCACUAUGCAAAACAUGACUUAGUACUUGGUGGCAAAACCCUUGUUGGCAAUCACAGAAGUCAGACGUUUCUUAUAGUUGGCCACCAGAUUUGCACACAUCUCAGGAGGGAUUUUGUUCCACUCCUCUUUGCAGAUCUUCUCCAAGUCAUUAAGGUUUCGAGGCUGACAUUUGGCAACUCAAACCUUCAGCUCCCUCCACAGAUUUUCUAUGGGAUUAAGGUCUGGAGACUGGCUAGGCCACUCCAGGACCUUAAUGUGCUUCUUCUUGAGCCACUCCUUUGUUGCCUUGGCCGUGUGUUUUGGGUCAUUGUCAUGCUGGAAUUACCACUCUACGAUCCAUUUUCAAUGCCCUGGCUGAGGGAUGGAGGUUCUCACCCAAGAUUUGACAGUACAUAGCCCCGUCCAUCGUCCCUUUCAUGCUGGGAAGUUGUCCUGUCCCCUUAGCAGAAAAACACCCCCAAAGCAAAAUGUUUCCACCUCCAUGUUUGACGGUGGGGAUGGUGUUCUUGGGGUCAUAGGCAGCAUUCCUCCUCCUCCAAACACGGCGAGUUGAGUUGAUGCCAAAGAGCUCCAUUUUGGUCUCAUCUGACCACAACACUUUCACCCAGUUCUCCUUUGAAUCAUUCAGAUGUUCAUUGGCAAACUUCAGACAGGCAUGCAUAUGUGCUGUCUUGAGCAGGGGGACCUUGCGGGCGCUGCAGGAUUUCAGUCCUUCACGGCGUAGUGUGUUACCAAUUGUUUUCUUGGUGACUAUGGUCCCAGCUGCCUUGAGAUCAUUGACAAGAUCCUCCCAUGUAGUUCUGGGCUGAUUCCUCACCGUUCUCAUGAUCAUUGCAACUCCACGAGGUGAGUUCUUGCAUGGAGCCCCAGGCCGAGGGAGAUUGACAGUCUUUUGUGUUUCUUCCAUUUGCAAAUAAUCACACCAACUGUUGUCACCUUCUCACCAAGCUGCUUGGCGAUGGUCUUGUAGCCCAUUCCAGCCUUGUGUAGGUCUACAAUCUUGUCCCUGACAUCCUUGGAGAGCUCUUUGGUAUUGGCCAUGGUGGAGAGUUUGGAAUCUGAUUGCUUCUGUGGACAGGUGUCUUUUAUACAGGUAACAAACUGAGAUUAGGAGCACUCCCUUUAAGAGUGUGCUCCUAAUCUCAGCUCGUUACCUGUAUAAAAGACACCUGGGAGCCAGACAUUUUUCUGAUUGAGAGGGGGUCAAAUACUUAUUUCCCUCAUUAAAAUGCAAAUCAAUUCAUAAAAUGUUUGACAUGCGUUUUUCUGGAUUUUUUUGUUGUUAUUCUGUCUCUCACUGUUCAAAUAAACCUACCAUUAAAAUUAUAGACUGAUCAUGUCUUUGUCAGUGGGCAAAUGCACAAAAUCAGCAGGGGAUCAAAUAAUUUUUACCCUCACUGUAAAUGGCUGUCAUAAUAAAUGACUAUUGCGCUCACUAGAGCCCUAAACUUGGCACACAAGGCUAUAAUAGUAUGUGGAACAGUAGUCCAUCCUUAACUGUAAUCAGCACACUUUAGACAGGAAGUAUAACGUCAAUAUUUAUUUACUCACCACAGCUGAAAGGCAUGCUGGGUGUCCCUGUGUCACUGCCUCGGUCGAUGACAUCCACUUUGAACACACUAUUGGGUAAGUGUCUGUUGUUGAAUCAUCUUCCAUUGAAUGCACUAAUUCCCUCUUAAUGAGAACUUCUGCUAAAUUACUAUCAUGAUAAAGUAUGGUUUACUUAUGGAAGUCUGUGUGUUUCUUCAGGGUUGGACAGGUGGUCAACAUCAAGGCCAAAGUCAAUCGAGCUUUCAACACCAGUAUGGAGGUCAGGCCAUAUCCAAACCCUAUAACAUAUACCCAGUCCAAAUCCAAACGUAUUGAUUUUCAACUGCACAAUAGUAUAAUUCCUGUGAUUUUAUCCACUGUGAUGCUUUGUGUGUGUGUCUAAAGGUUGGCAUCGUGGUGAGCUGUGAGGACCUGUUCAGCGAUAGCCACUGGAGGGUGUGUCAGGCAGUUGCCACGUUUGUCAGCCAGCGCACUACGGAAGGGAAGGUGGGAUUGGAUUGGGGACAUAGUGUGUGGACGACCAUCAAUGAGAGAAUGCCUUUAUAAAGAUGCUGUGAUGACGUUUAAGAGUUGAUGCUGAGUAAUGUUAAGUGUGUGUAUGCUCUGUGCUGUAAUCUGCAUUCACUUCACUUUGUGAUUGUCCACUCUACAGGUGCAGCUGCGUCCGUUGGUCCCCCGUACCCAGGCGGAGCAGGUGGAGCACAGUCUAGCAGCUGAGAGGAGGAGGAUGAGGCUCGUCCACGCUGACAUCAUAAAGGACCUGCUCACCAACAGGGCCUUCCAACAAGGUAAGUCGCCGUGGCAUCGACCUUUGCGAGAGGACUAUCACCACUAUAGGAACUGUAAUGGUGUAUGACACUUUAUGCUGAGUAAUAUUGCAUUUGUUUACAUUUUACAUUUACAUUUUAGUCAUUUAGCAGACGCUCUUAUCCAGAGCGACUUACAGUUAGUGAGUGCAUACAUUUUCAUACAAUGGAACCAAUAGUUUUGUCCUAAAAGUACAAUGGAAAUCAAUAGCAUUGUCCCAAAAGUACAAUGGAACCAAUAGCAUAGUCCCAAAAGUACAAUGGAAACAAUAGCGUUGUCCUAAAAGUACAAUGGAACCAAUAGCAUUGUCCUAAAAGUACAAUGUAAGCAAUAGAAUAGUCCCAAAAGUACAAUGGAACAAUAGCAUAGUCCUAAAAGGUAGUGCAGUCUGUCUAUACUAUGUCCCCUGUGGUGGGGUCUGGUACAUUUAACAUUUACAUUUAAGUCAUUUAGCAGACGCUCUUAUCCAGAGCGACUUACAAAUUGGUGCAUUCACCCUAUAGCCAGUGGGUUAACCACUUUACAACAAAAACAUUUUUUAAUUUUUUUUUUUUUUGGGGGGGGGGCUAGAAGGAUUACUUCAUCCUAUCCCAGGUAUUCCUUAAAGAGGUGGGGUUUCAAAUGUCUCCGGAAGGUGGUGAGUGACUCCGCUGUCCUGGCGUCGUGAGGGAGCUUGUUCCACCAUUGGGGUGCCAGAGCAGCGAACAGUUUUGACUGGGCUGAGCGGGAACUAUGCUUCCGCAGAGGAAGGGGAGCCAGCAGGCCAGAGGUGGAUGAACGCAAUGCCCUCGUUUGGGUGUAGGGACUGAUCAGAGCCUGAAGGUACGGAGGUGCCGUUCCCCUCACUGCUCCAUAGGCAAGCACCAUGGUCUUGUAACGGAUGCGAGCUUCAACUGGAAGCCAGUGGAGUGUGCGGAGGAGGGGGGUGACGUGAGAGAACUUGGGAAGGUUGAACACCAGACGGGCUGCGGCAUUCUGGAUGAGUUGUAGGGGUUUAAUGGCACAGGCAGGGAGCCCAGCCAACAGUGAGUUGCAGUAAUCCAGACGGGAGAUGACAAGUGCCUGGAUUAGGACCUGUGCCGCUUCCUGUGUAAGGCAGGGUCGUACUCUCCGAAUGUUGUAGAGCAUGAACCUGCAGGAUCGGGUCACCGCCUUGAUGUUAGCGGAGAACGACAGGGUGUUGUCCAGGGUCACGCCAAGGCUCUUCGCACUCUGGGAGGAUUUGUGUGUGCUGACGGGUGCUGUAAUAACGUGUGUGUGUGUUAGUGGAGGUCCAGGAGGCUGAGAAGGCGGUGCCAGCAGAGAGGACACGGGUGGAGAGUGUUGAGUUGGUUCUUCCUCCUCAUGCCAACCACCAGGUCAACACGUUCGGAGGACAGAUCAUGGCCUGGAUGGAGAACGUGGCUACCAUCGCUGCUAGGUAUAACACCCACACCAGAUGCACACCACCUGUAAUACUCUUAAAUAUGUAAAGAUGUUACAGGACUGCACUCAAAAAGCUUUUUUGACUGCGCACCUAUCACAUUUUUGCUUAGCUAGAUUCAUUGGUUUUAUUCUCCAACCAAACUUUUGGGAGAGUGUGAUGGUCCUAUUUUGACACAAGCCGAGUGUAAUAAUGUUAUUACACAUUGAUUCCAGGUAAAACAAAACGUAUGACAUUUAAAUGACUUUUUGGACUCAUCUGUGUCAUGUCCUCCUCCUCCUCUCCUCCUCCAGUCGUCUGUGUAACGCCCACCCCACCUUGCAGAGCAUAGACAUGUUCCAUUUCAGGGGUCCCUCGCACGUGGGUGACCGGCUGGUCCUCAAAGCCAUCGUCAACAAUGCAUUCAAGAACAGGUGAGCUUUAGAUCAUAUACUGUAUAAAGCAAAAUUAUAAAUUGGUUUGACAGUGACAGUUUUUUGUAUUUGAGUCUUUUAAAUCAAUGGGGGAGUACUUGUGUACUAUUGAGUAAUCGGGGUAACACUUUACAAUAAGGUUCCAUUUGUAAAGGGGUUAUAAUAGUUAUUAACGAUUGAUUUAAUCAUUUGUAAAUGCAUUAUAAACCAUUAAUAAACAGUUAUAUCGCAUUUGGUCAAAAUAGUGCAAUAACAGGUCAGUGUUAGCCAAAUAGUGAGCCAAUAUUUACCUCCAGUUAUUAGCCAUUUAUACAUGGAUUUACAAAUGCUUAUAAGAUUAGCCCUUAUGUAUCAUCAUGCAACCGUCUUUUCAAUGCACCGUUGAACAACAGUUACUUUCUCACUUUUGGGUUUGAUGCAUUGGUGCUCUGUCCCAGGAACAGAAGAGGUUGGUUUUCAUGUGUGUGGACCCACCUUUGAAACCUUGAUGCCCUGGCCAAAUUUACAUCCAGGACAUUUAUUCAAUCAUCAUUCCUAACAUAUUACACUUUACCAGAUUAUGGCAACACACUUACCACUUCUCUGUGAUAGUAUGGUGAACGCUCUGGUGUGAAAUGGUAACCGUAAUACCUUUGGUUGGUAAAACAGUGGAGGAGGUAUCCUCUCAACGUUGAAUGUUUUGGUCCUCGUACCCACCAUUCAUUGACUGAACAUGUUUAACAAAGUGAUGUAUGUAGUGAUGAGUACCCAAUACUGCCUAUAAGUACACUAUAUAUACAAAAGUAUGUGGACACCCCUUCAAAUUAGUGGAUUUGGCUAUUUCAGCCACACACGUUGCUGACAGGUGUAUAAAAUCGAGCACACAGCCAUGCAAUCUUCAUAGACAAACAUUGGCAGUAGAAUGGCCUUACUGAAGAGCUCAGUGACUUUCAACGUGGUACCGUCAUAGGAUGCCACCUUUCCAACAAAUGUAUGCCCUGCUAGAGCUGCCCCGGUCAACUGUAAGUGCUGUUAUUGUGAAGUGGAAACGUCUAGGAGCAACAACGGCUCAGCCGCAAAGUGGUAGGCUACACAAGCUCACAGAACGGGACCGCCGAGUGCUGAAGCAACGUCAGCACAAGAACUGUUCGUCGAGAGCUUCAUGGCCGAGCAGCCGCACACAAGCCUAAGAUCACCAUGCGCAAUGCCAAGCGCCGGCUGGAGUGGUGAAUCACGCUCACCGCCAUUGGACUCUGGAGCAGUGGAAACGUGUUCUCUGGAGUGAUGAAUCACGCUUCACCAUCUGGCAGUCCGACGGACUAAUCUGGGUUUGGUGGAUGCCAGGAGAAUGCUACCUGCCCCAAUGCAUAGUGCCAACUGUAAAGUUUGGUGGAGGAAUAAUGGUCUGGGGCUGUUUUUCAUGGUUUGGGCUAGGCCCCUUAGUUCCAAUGAAGGGAAAUCUUAACGCUACAGCAGACAAUGACAUUCUAGACGAUACUGUGCUUCCAACUUUGUGGCAACAGUUUGGGGAAGGCCCUUUCCUGUUUCAGUAUGACAAUGCCCCCGUGCACAAACGAGGUCCGUACAGAAAUGGUUUGUUGAGAUCGGUGUGGAAGAACUUGACUAGCCUGCACAGAGCACUGACCUUAACCCCGUCGAACACCUUUGGGAUGAAUUGGAACACCGACUGUGAGCCAGGCCUAAUCGCCCAACUUCAGUGCCUGACCUCAUUAAUGCUCUUGUGGCUAAAUGGAAGCAAGAGCCCGCAGCAAUGUUCCAACAUCAAGUGGAAAGCCUUCCCAGAAGAGUGGCUGUUAUAGCAACAAUGGGGGGACCAACUCCAUAUUAAUGCCCAUGAUUUUGGAAUGAGAUGUUCGAUGAGCAGGUGUCCACAUACUUUUGGUCAUGUAGUGUAUGUCUAAGCUCUGAUUGAACUCUCAAAUCAUCUAUAAAUGAUUUACCCACAUGUAGAACUGCUAAAAGUAUACCUUAUUUUAAAGUGGCAAUCCACUGACCAUUAACAAAUGAGUUACCAACAUUUAUAACUGCUAAAAAGAUGCCUUUGGGGGGUUGUGUUCUCCCCUUUAACACUAGCUACACAUAACUCUACUAUCAUCAUUAUUUAUACUAUUUAGGCUUAGCUAGUUAUUUUAUCCACUGCAAGCUAAUAAUAAUAAUAAUAAUAAUAAUAAUAAUAAUAAUAGCUAGUGUUUAACCCUAAUAGUUAGCUACCACAGAUUAAAGGGGUUAGUUAUCACAAUUCCUGCUAAUACACUAGCUAGCUAGUAAGUUAGACUUCAAAUUGGAACCGCUAGUGUGGUGACAAAGGAUGCUAGCUAGCUAACUUGCCAGCUACCUAGCUAGAGACAGUACCUGAGUUCAACGGUUAGAUAACUACUUAGCUAGCUAGCGUUCAAAUCCAAAAAAGCUAGCUAGCUUAACAAAUUGCAUGGAAAUUUUGUUAGCUAGCUGGCAGCUAACGUUUGCUAGCUAGCGAAGCUAGAUAACUAGCCAGCAAACUUGAUCUACUUAGCUAGCUAACUAUAUCAUGCCAAAUAUUAACUUGUGCUAAAUCGUCUAGCAGAAUUUCUAUAUAAAAAAAUGUGUUUUAAGUUUGACCUAAUGUUAGCUAACUUUUCCUAGCUAGCUAAGUAGAACAGAGGUGCUACUACUGCUAGCAAACAUGAUCUAUCUAGCUAGCUACUUAGCUGAGCAGCGUGCUAAAUCAUCCAGCAGAACUUCUGUAUACAAAACAGAAACAAAUUGCAUAGAGAAUUUACCCUCUGUCAACAUUUGUAUCUUCUGAACAACGUUUAUUUUGCGCAAUCUCUUCUUUAUGGCCUUUGCACACUUCUCAUAGCCACAUCCAUCCUGAUUCUUCACGACGCACUGUCACAUGAUGUCAGUGUCAACACAAAAUUCUGUGCUCGUUCCAGGUCGUCUUUAUUUCAAUCGCGUUUCACAAAUGGGCAGAUCUCACAAAGUCUGGAAUUUCUCCGAAACCAGCGAACCACACCAAUAAUAUGGCUUGAGAUCUUCAGAUGAGGCCUUCAUUCCUGGAAUAAAAAAGUGUAAUUACAAACCCUUUAUAAACCCUUUACAAAUGUAACCUUAUUGUGGUCCUCUGUAGCUCAGCUGGUAGAGCACGGCGCUUGUAACGCCAAGGUAGUGGGUUCGAUCCCCGGGACCACCCAUACACAAAAAAAAAAUGUAUGCACGCAUGACUGUAAGUCGCUUUGGAUAAAAGCGUCUGCUAAAUGGCAUAUUAUAUUAUUAUUAUUAUGUAAAGUGUUACCAGUAAUGGAUUGAUCAAUUUCUAAUAAAUUCAAAUUUCACUCAUUAACUUCCAUUGGAGUGCUGAGCUGAGAUGGUAACGUGAGUGUACCUGUGAUGUCGCAGCAUGGAGGUGGGCGUGUGUGCGGAGGCUUAUCAGGGGGAGGAGCCUCUGAGACACAUCAACAGCGCCUUCAUGAUCUUCGAGGUCCGCGACCGGGAAGGCAAGCCCUGCACGUUGCCAAGGAUACAACCCGAACCGCUGGUCAGUCACCUGAAGCUCAUUUACAACUGAUCAAGAUUAGAUUAAAUAUUCAAAUUUAAAUAAAAAAAAUUAUAAGCAGUAACGGUAAUUAAGGGCCCUAUUUAAUCAAUGUUUCACAAUGUUGUCCUUUACAUUUAUAUUUACAUCAUUUAGCAGACGCUCUUAUCCAGAGCGACUUACAAAUUGGUGCAUUCACCUUAUAGCCAGUGGGAUAACCACUUCACAAUAUGUUUUCUUUUCUUCUUUUUCUUUGGGGUGGGGUAAGGGGGGGUAGAAGGAUUACUUUAUCCUAUCCCAGGUAUUCCUUAAAGAGGUGGGGUUUCAAGUGUCUCCGGAAGGUGGUGAGUGACUCCGCUGUCCUGGCGUCGUGAGGGAGCUUGUUCCACCAUUUGGGUGCCAGAGCAGCGAACAGUUUUGACUGGGCUGAGCGGGAACUGUGCUUCCGCAGAGGUAGGGGGGCCAGCAGGCCAGAGGUGGAUGAACGCAAUGCCCUCGUUUGGGUGUAGGGACUGAUCAGAGCCUGAAGGUACGGAGGUGCCGUUCCCCUCACAGCUCCGUAGGCAAGCACCAUGGUCUUGUAGCAGAUGCAAGCUUCAACUGGAAGCCAGUGGAGUGUGCGGAGGAGCGGGGUGACGUGAGAGAACUUGGGAAGGUUGAACACCAGACGGGCUGCGGCAUUCUGGAUGAGUUGUAGGGGUUUAAUGGCACAGGCAGGGAGCCCAGACAACAGCAAGUUGCAGUAAUCCAGACGGGAGAUGACAAGUGCCUGGAUUAGGACCUGUGCCGCUUCCUGUGUAAGGCAGGGUCGUACUCUCCGAAUGUUGUAGAGCAUGAACCUACAGGAUCGGGUCACCGCCUUGAUGUUAGCGGAGAACGACAGGGUGUUGUCCAGGGUCACGCCAAGGCUCUUCGCACUCUGGGAGGAGGACACAACGGAGUUGUCAACUGUGAUGGCGAGAUCAUGGAACGGGCAGUCCUUCCCCGGGAGGAAGAGCAGCUCCGUCUUGCCGAGGUUCAGCUUGAGGUGGUGAUCCGUCAUCCACACUGAUAUGUCUGCCAGACAUGCAGAGAUGCGAUUCGCCACCUGGUUAUCAGAAGGGGGAAAGGAGAAGAUUAGUUGUGUGUCAUCUGUGUAGCAAUGAUAGGAGAGGCCAUGUGAGGAUAUGACAGAGCCAAGUGACUUGGUGUAUAGCGAGAAUAGGAGAGGGCCUAGAACUGAGCCCUGGGGGACACCAGUGGUGAGAGCACGUGGUGCGGAGACAGAUUCUCGCCACGCCACUUGGUAGGAGCGACCGGUCAGGUAGGACGCAAUCCAAGAGUGAGCCGCGCCGGAGAUGCCCAACUCGGAGAGGGUGGAGAGGAGGAUCUGAUGGUUCACAGUAUCAAAGGCAGCAGACAGGUCUAGAAGGACAAGAGCAGAGGAGAGAGAGUUAGCUUUAGCAGUGCGGAGAGCCUCCGUGACACAGAGAAGAGCAGUCUCAGUUGAAUGACCAGUCUUGAAACCUGACUGGUUUGGAUCAAGAAGGUCAUUCUGAGAGAGCUAGCAAGAGAGUUGGCUAAAGACGGCACGCUCAAGAGUUUUGGAGAGAAAAGAAAGAAGGGAUACUGGUCUGUAGUUGUUGACAUCAGAGGGAUCGAGUGUUGGUUUUUUGAGAAGGGGUGCAACUCUCGCUCUUUUGAAGAUGGAAGGGACAUAGCCAGCGGUCAAGGAUGAGUUGAUGAGCGAGGUGAGGUAAGGGAGAAGGUCACCGGAGAUGGUCUGGAGAAGAGAGGAGAGGAUAGGGUCAAGCGGGCAGGUUGUUGGGCGGCCGGCCGUCACAAGUCACAAGAUUUCAUCUGGAGAGAGAGGGGAGAAAGAAGUCAAAGCAUAGGGUAGGGCAGUGUGAGCAGGACCAGCAGUGUCAUUUGACUUAACAAACGAGGAUCGGAUGUCGUCAACCUUCUUUUCAAAAUGGUUGACGAAGUCAUCCACAGAGAGAGGGGGGGGAUUCAGCAGGGAGGAGAAGGUGGCAAAGAGCUUCCUAGGGUUAGAGGCAGAUGCUUGGAAUUUAGAGUGGUAGAAAGUGGCUUUAGCAGCAGAAACAGAUGAAGAAAAUGUAGAGAGGAGGGAGUGAAAAGAUGCCAGGUCCGCAGGGAGUCUAGUUUUCCUCCAUUUUCGCUUGGCUGCCCGGAGCCCUGUUCUGUGAGCUCGCAAUGAGUCAUCAAGCCACGGAGCAGGAGGGGAGGACCGAGCCGGCCGGGAGGAUAAGGGACAUAGAGAGUCAAAGGAUGCAGAAAGGGAGGAGAGGAGAGUUGAGGAGGCAGAAUCAGGAGAUUGGAGGGAGAAGGAUUGAGCAGAGGGAAGAGAUGAUAGGAUGGAAGAGGAGAGAGUAGCGGGAGAGAGAGAGUGAAGGUUGCGACGGCGCAUUACCAUCUGAGUAGGGGCAAAAUGAGUAGUGUUGGAGGAGAGCGAGAGAGAAAAGGAUACAAAGUAAUGGUCGGAGACAUGGAGGGGAGUUGCAGUGAGAUUAGUAGAACAGCAUCUAGUAAAGAUGAGGUCAAGCGUAUUGCCUGCCUUGUGAGUAGGGGGGGACGGUGAGAGGGUGAGGUCAAAAGAGGAGAGGAGUGGAAAGAAGGAGGCAGAGAGAAAUGAGUCAAAGGUAGACGUAGGGAGGUUGAAGUCACCCAGAACAGUGAGGGGUGAGCCAUCCUCAGGAAAGGAACUUAUUAAGGCGUCAAGCUCAUUGAUGAACUCUCCAAGGGAACCUGGAGGGCGAUAAAUGACAAGGAUGUUAAGCUUGAAAGGGCUAGUGACUGUGACAGCAUGGAAUUCAAAUGAGGAGAUAGACAGAUGGGUCAGGGGAAAAAGAGAAAAUGUCCACUUGGGAGAGAUGAGGAUUCCUGUGCCACCACCCCGCUGACCAGAUGCUCUCGGGGUAUGCGAGAACACAUGGUCAGACGAGGAGAGAGCAGUAGGAGUAGCAGUGUUUUCAGUGGUAAUCCAUGUUUCCGUCAGCGCCAAGAAGUCGAGGGACUGGAGGGUAGCAUAGGCUGAGAUGAACUCUGCCUUGUUGGCCGCAGAACAGCAGUUCCAGAGGCUGCCGGAGACCUGGAACUCCACGUGGGUCAUGCGUGCAGGGACCACCAGGUUAGAGAGGCAGCAGCCACGCGGUGUGAGGCGUUUGUAUAGCCUGUGCGGAGAGGAUAGAACAGGGAUAGACAGAGGCAUAGUUGACAGGCUACAGAAAAUGGCUACAAUAAUGCAAAGGAGAUCGGAAUGAAAUGAACUAAACAUCUGGAAAAGCGAGAGAGCGGGCCUCCCUCACUUACGUUUCACUGAAACACCCAAAUAUAACUCUCCCAACUUCCACCUCAGAAACUGUAAUUGUUGUAAACUACAGUGGUUCAAUGUUUUCUAGGAAUAGACUAACUUAGUUUAUUCAGCUAGCUAACUUGGUACAGUAUUCGUCCGUGAAAACCGUCCAGGGCACCUAGUCAUAUGACGCCACAGCCAACUAGCAUGCCGGACUCCAACAACACGGUUUAGCACCAAUACUCGGCCACAACAAACCACCAGUGUGUCAACACGCCAAGCCAAUCAUUCGUGUCCGUGUCUAACGUUGUGGGCUAGUCCGGACAGCUUGAGCGAGUCCGUCGUCAAUUUAUUCAGCCAGUUAGUUAGCUAGAAUAGUUAGCAUACUAGCUUAGCUAGCCAUUGCUUUCUGCCAAUGAAGAAACCCGUCCUCCCACGGCACGAACACACAGAGAGAGCCAAGCUAACGUUAACUAGUCACCCAUGUCCCGAAUUCCCUUGAACGACUCUGGCUACCAGUAUGUAAAAACAAAACAAAAAUGUAGGUUAUAACUUACCCCUAGCAGCUACUGUUAGCUAGCCAAGUGCAAAGCUAGCCACUGAAUUGACUCAGCCAGUUCGUCUGUUCGCUAGGCGUUCCAGCUAUUGUUUAGUAGCUAUCCAGGUAGCAACAACCUAGCUACAUUUCGAGCACAGUAGCUACUUACUACCUAACGUUAACGCUUCAGACAAUGAGGUUAGAAAAACAGCUGAAUGGUAGGCAUUAUUGUAUGUAAUUAUUGUAGGCAGCUAGCUGCCGUAAUUACAGGUACUCUCAGGCGUGAAACAACUAUCCACAGUUGCUAAUAGUUACCAGUAGCUACCCGCUAGCUAGUCCAGGUAGUGGGUUAGCUAGCUUCGUGCUUCACCGGGCUCAGCCGAAUACAAUACCUACAAUAAUUACAUACAACAACCCACGAUAACUACCUACAAUACCUGACUACAAUCUAAAUACAUAGUUUAAGCUUUACUCGACGAAGCUUAAACUAUCAUAUUACUAUUGUCCUGUUGUCUGAUCUGAAUCUCACUGACAGGAGGGAAGGAGACGUUACCAGGAGGCCAUUGCUAGAAAGAAGAUCCGACUCGACAGGUGAACAGAUUAGCCUAUUUGUUAACAUAACUAGUAUGAAAGUGUAUGCACUCACUAACUGUAAGUCGCUCUGGAUAAGAGCGUCUGCUAAAUGACUAAAAUGUAAAAUGUAACUGCAAAAUCUAGAUCUAUCAAAAUAUCUUCAUGCACUAUAUAUAUUCAUAAUUGGAAUUAAGGCACAAAACGGAGAUGCCAACAGAAUUUUCUGUGUUUAUUCAGGAAGUACAUAAUAUCCUGCAAGCAGACAGAGGUGCCCUUAUCUGUACCGUGGGACCACAGCAACCAGGUAAAGGAGGAGAAGGGGCCUCAAAGGUCUCACUGUACUCACUGACUACAAGCUCUGGUUCUCACUCGGGUUCUCUCUUAACAUAACAGUUGAUACAACUUAGACGUGAGAGUUAAACAGUACCGACAUGAGUUGAAAUGCUGAUCAAGAAGGAUCAAGAAUAAUAAACACAUCUCAGUCACAAGUAAGACCAAAGGGCAUACUUGGGCCGGUUUUAUGGACUGUCCAAUCACUUGAAGCUAAAUUAGUGUAAAAUAUGAAUAGUGGAACAAUUCCUAUUCACAUACAGUAGUAAUAUGAUAGUAGUAUGUGAGUAACAACUGACUUUUAAUGUAUUGUGAAUGGCUGCAGGUGUACCUCAGCUACAACAACGUGUCUGCUCUGAAGAUGCUGGCCGCUAGAAACAACUGGGUAUUAAACUCUGAGAAAAACAAGGUGAGCAUUCUUGAGACUCUCUUUUAGGUUAACCACAAGGCAUAGUGGACCACAGGUUAUGGCUAUGGGGGCCCUGAGUUUUUCUCGAUCACAUGAUCACAUAUGUAAAGGUCAUGUCUAGGGCCAAGGGGGCCCUCAGUUUUUCCUGAUCACAUGACCGAACUAGUCUUUUCCUGGUUUAUGUAAUCCCCCUCUGGCCCCCAGGUGAACCUGUACACCCUGGAGCAGAAGCAGGUGUUGAGUUUUAAGGUUGAGACGGAGGUAGACGUCCCGGCUGAGAGGGCCUUCAUGCUGCUCUCUGACCUCAGCAAGAGAGUGGAGUGGGACCCAAACUAUGAGUGGGUAUCUGUAUGCACACACACACACACACACACACACACACAAUCCGGACUCUCUCUGGUGGCAUAUAAGUCCUCAAGAGUAUACACAGCAGCCUCCCCCACAUUUACAGUGUAAUGUGUCACACUGGCUUCUCCUGAUUUCAUGACUUUCCCUGUGUAGGAGGUGUGAGCUGAUUCUUAGGGUGGACGAUGAUGACUCUCUGUACCGCUUGGUGACUCCUUCCAUAGGCCAGGGCGGGGUCAGUAACAGCCCUUCAUCCAAUCAGGGAGGGAUGGUCCAGGACUUCAUCCUCCUGGCCUCCAGGAGACCACCUUGUGACAGCGGGUGAGUGGCAGACGGACAUACAGACAGGCAGGCAGGAAAAGAGAGGAGAGACCAUGUGAGUGAAAGCGAUUGAGUGACAAUGUUUGUUUUUUUUGCCUUCCAAGGGACCCUUAUGUUAUUGCUCUGCGUUCGGUCACUCUACCCACACACCCUCCUAUAGAGGGCUACAACAGGGGAGAGGUGCUGUGUGCCGGCUUCAGCAUACUGGAGGUCUCCAAAAAUAUCUCCAAGGUAAGAAAGAGUGUGAACUGUAAUUUGUAGUUCUGCUCAUAAGUUCUGCCCCUGCACUUGUUUGUAAACCAAAGCGGUGGGUCUUGGCAAAUGUAAUUGUUUGCCUUUUGCUUGCCCAAUUUCUUUGAAAUACCUUGAAUUUCCACUGGGAAAAUGAACAUGACAGAUUGCACUGUUAAUGAUGAUGACAACUCCUAUCCUUGUGUUGGCUCUCCUAGAUCUCCUAUUUCAACCAGGCGUCUCCCGAGGUCCUGCCCUACAUCUCGACAGACAUCGCCGGGCUCUCCUCCAGCUUCUACGGCAUCUUCUGCUCCUGUAACACCUUCCUCCAGGAGAACAGGGAGGACCAUGCCUCCACCCCCAGUCCCAACUAGAGAGACCAACCACCCUUCUCCACACUAAAAAGUACACAACUGUAACCCCUUAUCCUCACCACCCUGACCCCCUCACCCUUGAUGACUAUUGUACUGAUCGAUUGAACAAACUUCCAUUAGAUGAUCUGAUUAUCUUCAACUGUUUAUUAGACUGAUUAAUGAAAGGAGCCUGUUCCCAGAUCUGUGCAGUCUUGCCAACUCCUAUGGUCAUU